AUCAAAGGAUUGUGUGUUUUAUGCCAAGCCAAGGACAGAGAAACUGCUUUUCCAUAAAGUUGAAUGCACUUUGCACAAAAAUCAGUCUCCCCUUUGCCUCCCUACUAUGAUUGAAUCCAUUCAAACAGGUCAAGCUAUAUAGCUCCUUAAAAUGCCAGGGGCCAUCACUGUGAGUAUUCAGAACUACUGAUAUCAUGUUUUGAUGUUUGUACUUAUAGCUUUGUUUACUGUAGAAAGGAUGGAAUUAUAUUAAAGACUAACCGAAGUUCAGGUCUUGUCUGUGUUUAAUUCUUGGACUUGGGAGAACAGAAAGGCAGGGUUUGGGUUGGACAAGAAUGGCCAUGCUGAUUUCUCAUUGAACGCUCAAUAUGAAAGGGCUCUUUAUUGAAAAAAAAUAAAAUAUAAUAACACAGCUGAAUACUGCAGCCUAAAUUCUGAAUUUUUACUUUUGUUUUUUAAGACCAGGUCUCAUAAUGAAGCCUUGGCUGGCCUGCAACUUGCUUUGUAGACCAGGCUGACGUUGAACUCACAGAGACCUACUUGCCUCUUUCUCACAAGAGCUGGGAUUAAAGGCAUAUACCACCAAGCCAAGCCUUAAGCAUUCUCAAUUCUUAAGGUAUCUUCCAUCAGUUCUCUUCCUAAAAAGAGGUCCACCUUGGAUACAAAGAGGAGAUAAAAGCAUUUAAGGAGAUAAAUUCAAUAAAUACAGCUGUGACCAGAAGCCAGGAGAGAUGCUAUUUGCUCUCCAAGCCUGCCUGGUUAGGGUUAGGUAUGAAAAUCACAGGGGGAUGGGGGAGAGAAGGUUAUUUUUUUUUCCCCACUCUGCCUCCAAAAACACUUCUUCUUUCUAAAGAGUGACCUUCAUGUGUUUCUCUCCAUUAUAACUUAUCAAAGAACUUUGUUUCACCAUCAUUAAGAUAUUUGUCAGUUACUAAAUGCCCAACAAUGAGGAGAAAGAGCUACACUAAUUAUUUUAUUUAAUCCUAAUUGCAGCCUGGAGGGAGUAGAUAUUGAUAUUGUAUCACUGUUAACAUUUCAAGGAGUUCAAGGUCACCCACCUCCUGAGGGAUGGAUAUCAAUCUACAAUGCCAAAGCCUGUACCAUUAGCAAUUACAUGAAGCUGCUGCCAUAGAAUCAGGUCCCACACCGAAGGCUCAGACUGAAAAUAAAAGGAAGAAAAAGAUGAGAGACUCCCGAUCCUCAAGGGUAGGAUGACCAAGACAAAGUGGCCGCUACCCUAUUGGAGAGAGGGCGUACUCACAAACACUGUGUGUACCAGGAGCAUCAUGUUCACUUUCCAGAGGAAGAAUGAAUGCAUUUCGAGAAGUGGAACCCAUAGAACCUCAGAGCUGCCAUCUUAUUGAGGGACUUGCUAGAGAGAAGAAUGAAAACAGCCUCCUCAGCAACCGUGGUAUUCUAGAAACCAAAGCAUUCGGGGCUUCUUCUAGGAAGGAGAAUGGCUCUGAAGAUAUUGAUAUACUUCCUAGUGGGCUGGCUUUUAUCUCCACUGGAUUAAAAUAUCCAGGCAUGCCAAACUUUGCACCAGAUGAACUAGGAAAAAUCUUCCUGAUGGAUCUGAAUGAACAAAACCCAAAAGCACAAGCACUCAACAUUAGUGACGGAUUUGACAGAGAAUCAUUUAAUCCACAUGGGAUCAGUACUUUCAUCGACAAAGACCACACCGUGUAUCUUUAUGUUGUGAAUCAUCCUCACAUAGAGUCCACUGUGGAGAUAUUUAAAUUUGAGGAACAACAGCGUUCUCUCACACACCUGAAAACUAUAAAGCAUGAACUUCUCAAGAGUGUGAAUGAUAUUGUGGUUCUUGGAUCAGAGAAGUUCUAUGCUACAAGAGACCACUACUUUACCAGCCACUUUUUGGUAUUUCUUGAGAUGAUCUGGGAUCCUCACUGGACUUACGUUCUUUUCUACAGCCCAGGAGAGGUCAAAGUAGUGGCCAAAGGAUUUAGUUCCGCCAACGGGAUCACAGUCUCACUAGACCAGAAGUAUGUCUAUAUAGCUGAUGUGACAGCUAUGAACAUUCAUAUAAUGAACAAACAAGAUAACUGGGAUUUAACUCAAGUGAAGGUCAUACAAUUGGGCACUCUAGUGGACAACUUGACUGUUGACCCUGCUACAGGAGAUAUUUUGGCAGGAUGCCAUCCUAACGCCAUGAAGCUGUUGAUCUAUAACCCUGAGGAUCCUCCAGGGUCAGAAGUACUACGCAUCCAGGAUGUUUUGUCAGAUAAGCCCAGGGUGAGCACACUCUAUGCCAACAAUGGCUCCGUGCUUCAGGGCAGCACAGUGGCAUCUGUGUACCAUGGGAAAAUGCUCAUAGGUACUGUGUUUCACAAAGCUCUGUAUUGUGUACUCUAAAUUUAAUUUCCAAAAGUCUGUGCAUUUGACAAAAGUAAACCUCUAAUUGUAUGAUAAGUGGAACUGUAAUUAUUUACAAACACCACUGAAAGUGUACUGAUUUUUCUCAUGGAUAAAACUAAAGGAGUACAGAAGGUUAUAUCAGAUCUACACAAUCAUGAGUCAAUUUGUGUCCAGCCAGUCAGAAGCCCAAGUGUUUUGCUCUUUGCCGAGUUUCCCCAAAUAUUCCUCCUGGAGCCAGAUGCAUAGGCCCUGGCCACAUGUGUCUCCAGCUCACCUAGAGUCUUGGUAACUGUGUAGUAAAAUUGACUCGUACUGCUGUGAUGCUCUGAGUCUUCCAUAGUCCAGACCAGGAAAAAAAGUUACUCUUUAAGUAUUUGUAAUUCAUUCUCUUCUCUCUGUUUUGCCAUCUGUCAAUCAAGUUUCCCAAACUACAGAUUCCAUCGUAAGAGUUUAACACCUACAUUCAACUUGCAGUUGUGUUAAAAUAGAGCCACACAGGGAAUGGGGUUCUGGAAAUCUGACAGAGACAAACCUUGGCAGCUAGCUUAGAGUAGAGUAUGCUGUGUUCAUUUGAAUACACCUUUAUUUGUGUCACUAAUCUGCUUGCCUCUGAAUCCUGAAAUAGGGCCUAGGGACAGCUAUUUUCAACCAUCUUCAGCUUUCUCUACAGGCUAACUCAACAAACAUCUAGUAAGAAGCCUCCCUCCUCCUGACUGGUACUGACAAAUCUCAAAUGAAUGGAAGGAUUAUGGGCUAAUGGCAUGUGUUAAGGACCAAUCUAAAUGUAGUUUGAUGAGAAUAAAUACAGAUAUCUCUU